AUGGAAGCCGCUCAUGAUACAUGGCCCGCGCCAUCUGGUGCCAAAAGGAACUUUGGGCCAUUGAACCAGUUGGGUGACUUGUCCAAGGCAGACCCGGAUAAGAUCAGCGUGAUCGACUUUUAUGCAUACCAGCAAAUCUCUUUCAUCACUCCAACACAACUGUGGGAUGCAUUGAAGCCCGGAGACGCGUACAGAUUUGUAGACUGUCAAGAAAACAAAGAAGCCACAUUAAUGCUUGCUGGAGCCAUUAGGUGGGACGUCAAAGACGAUCGCGAUAUUCAUAAAGAAGCUACAUUCCUUCGACGCAAGGACAACGCGAAGGACUAUGGCUACUUCCAAGAUAGCCUUUUCCCUACUGAUCCCCACAAGUUGCCCGAUAUCGUUAUCUUCAACUGUCAACUUGGCGUCAACCGUUCCCCUAUGAUGGCUUUCUGGUACAUGAGAUACCUUCUCAAAACUUACCCAUCAACUGUCCCUGACAGACCAAAUGUAAGAGCACUCAAGACCAGGGUAUAUAUUCUGGAAGGCGGUGUUUCGGGUCUUGAAAGUUCAGGGACACCAAGAGGCCUACAGAGCCUACAGGUUUAA